UUCCGAAAUUGGGUUGUCUUUUUGCUUUGACUCUUCCUUCAUGGUGUUGUGAAUAAAACCGUUCUCAAGUAGAUCUACAGUGUAGUACAGUCAUGUAGUACUAGUACUAGUAGUAGGUGUCGGCACUUCACGAUCGAUCGUCCUUCGUCCAUUACUUUGUUUUCGUCUCUUUCAAGACUUUGUCCCUGGUCGCUUACAAUUAUUCUAUAGUGCCAGUGGUCGGCGGUACGCUAGUUGCUGCAAUGGACGCUGAGGAGAAUGCGGUGUUCACCGCUUUGGGCUUGAACCAGGCUGAAGUGCCCUAUCUGGGUACAUUGGACGUGAAUGAAACAGAGGAUGAGUUGGGUCGAGGCUCAUUUGCUGUGGUUUACAAGUCUAAAUGGUGUGGAUUGAAGGUGGCCGCAAAGGCACUUCAUUCUAUCCUGAUUGAUCGAAGAAACCAAGGACGCGACGUCGUACUGCAUGAUUUUGGAGCAGAGAUUGCACGCAUGGCACGUCUUCGCCACCCGCAUCUGUGUCCUAUUUUCGGCGUGUCCAUGGUCGGAACAACUCCAGCCAUUGUGGUGGAAUUGAUGUCCGACACACUGGAAACAAUGAGCGUUGGUGCACGCAGACAGGACUUGCUUCAGCUGAUGCGCUACAUCGAACACACUGCUGCAGGUCUUCGCUACUUGCACUCCAUCCCGAUGGUGCAUCGCGAUUUGAAGCCAAGCAAUGUCCUUGUUGCCAAUGGUGUGGCCAAAAUCACGGAUUUCGGCGUCUCCAAGCUACUGCCUAGCGUUGCCGAUCUGUUCCGUGAAGCCGCUCAGUCCAUGACCCGACAGCCUGGUACACCGUUAUUCAUGCCGCCAGAGGCGUUGCAAGAGACGGAAUCUGGCCGAGCAAGGUACGAUCUUUCGCUUGACGUCUUUUCGUUCGGAGUGACGGCAAUGAGCGUGCUGAGCGGUGUGAUGCCCUCCAUUGAGCUCAUGUUCGCAGCAAGAUCGCGCCAGGCAGCUGACGGCAGCCACGUUGCUAUACCUGAGCUGGAGCGGCGACGCGCGGACUUUGCUCGCAUCCCUGACGGCCACCCGCUGAAGGACCUGCUGAGACGCUGUCUAGCUGACCCACCGGCCCGUCGACCAGAUGCAGAGGAGAUUCACGAAUUCGUCCAGGGUGUUGCUCAGUCCUUGUCCUCAUUGCCGCAGCAGACUGCAUCUCCACUGGAAGAAUCUAUGGGUGAUUCUGCAGGCCUCGUUGCCACUAUACUGGACACUGUGAGAAGUGUGUCAACUGCCGUACGGGAUCUCUCCACAUCUCAGCAGCAACUAGGUACCAGGUUGGAUAAUCUCUCUGCACAGGUUGAAGUCACCAACAACCGCAUGACUCAGGUCCAGCAGGAGGUCUCUGCUGAAGCUCGCACAACCAACGACAAGAUGGAUGAAAUACAACUGGAAGCCCGGACUAGCUAUGAACAAGUGGCACAGCUGAGCGACACAAUGGCGAGAGGUGAACAAGAUACAACUGCAGCAUGUGAACGCAUAGUGGAAAUGCAAAACCAGACCAACACAACUGUCCGUCACCUACAGGAGCAAAGUGCUACAAGUUCCACAAGCAUUGGACAACUACUGGAGCAAAGUGCUACAAGUACCACAAGCAUUGGACAACUACUGGAGCAAAGUGCUACAAGUACCACCAAUAUUAGUCAACUGCAACAGCACCAGCAAGACACUAGUGAUAAGCUUUCACGUGUCUCAGCAGCUGUUACCACCAUUCAACAAGGUGAACAAGAUACAACUGCAGCAUGUGAACGCAUAGUGGAAAUGCAAAACCAGACCAACACAACUGUCCGCCAACUACAGGAGCAAAGUGCUACAACCUCCACAAGCAUUGGACAACUACUGGAGCAGCAGCAAGACACUAGUGAUAAGGUUUCACGUGUCUCAGCAGCUGUUACCACCAUUCAACAAGGUGAACAAGAUACAACUGCAGCAUGUGAACGCAUAGUGGAAAUGCAAAACCAGACCAACACAACUGUCCGUCAACUACAUGAGCAAAGUGCUACAAGUUCCACAAGCAUUGGACAACUACUGGAGCACCAGCAAGACACUAGUGAUAAGCUUUCACGUGUCUCAGCAGCUGUUACCACCAUUCAACAAGGUGAACAAGAUACAACUGCAGCAUGUGAACGCAUAGUGGAAAUGCAAAACCAGACCAACACAACUGUUCGUCAACUACAGGAGCAAAGUGCUACAACCUCCACAAGCAUUGGACAACUACUGGAGCACCAGCAAGACACUAGUGAUAAGGUUUCACGUGUCUCAGCAGCUGUUACCACCAUUCAACAAGCUCAAUCUGACAUGCGCAGUGACUUGGAGGGAAAAAUCAGCGAAGUGAAGUCAUCAGUUACUGCUGUGGAAGGCAUUGUCAGAAAGGUUGCAACACAAAAUCACUAUAGGUCUAUUCGUGAUACCUCUACAUCAUUUGGUAGCAAGGGUAAUGGCAGGGUGCAGUUCUCUAGUCCACAAGGUAUCACAAUCAGCAACGAUGGAAAGGUCUUUAUUGCUGAUCACCACAAUCAUCGGGUGAAGGUCACCACACUGGAUGGUACAUACAUACGUGAUAUAGGCAAACCAGGCAGUGGUAAUGCUGAAUUCAACUAUCCCACUGAUGUAGCUGUGGAUGGCGAUGGUGAUCUUGUGGUGGUUGACAACAUCAACAAGAGACUGCAGGUCCUACAUCAGGAUGGGUCUUACGUGAAAACGAUUGGUAACGGUGCUAUCGGUAGCUCGUAUGGUGUUGCAGCACUGUCUCUGCCCCAGCAUGGUAUUUGUUAUGCUGUAACCGAUUACAAUGUCGGUUGUGUGAGAGUGUUUGAGAAAGGAGGAAGGCUGUUAAACAAGUUUGGUACUAAAGGAAGUGGACCAGGACAGUUCAACGGGCCAAUUGGUAUUAUCUCGUCCAACGGCAGAUUGCUGGUUGUGGAUAAGGACAAUCACCGUAUCCAGGUUUUCACUACUGAUGGAAACUUCAUUACCAUGUUCGGAUCAAAGGGAGAGUCAGAUGGUCAGUUCAAGAGCCCUCGGCACAUUGCCGAGGAUAGGCAUGGACACCUCCUUGUCACUGAUGAUAUCAACCACCGUGUUGAAGUGUUCACUUCUGACACAUUCUCUCACGUGGCUACCUUCGGUUCAAGGAGUUGUCUUCCUCAUCCGCAGGGCAUUGCAGUAUCACCCAGUGGUACUGUGUAUGUCAGUAACUGGGUAAAGCACUGUAUCACAAUGUUCUAACUUUUGUCCUGGAGCAUCUUGUUUCUUGUUCUACACGAAUGUUUCUCACUGCUGUGAAACAUGAACAGGACCAGUAUUAGUAGUUUUGUUUGCUCAGGCUUUACUAUAGUAUUUCAUUAUUUUUUGUGUGACACAACGAGUAUGCAUAACCUUGCCAGUAACUAACAUGUAUUGUGCAGGCCAACAGUAGAUCCAGCCAAGUCCUCACCGACUGGACUUAAGAUGAUGAACGUACAUGUAAGAACAUUGCCAAUUACUGUUUAUCAUACUUGCAUGAUUGAAUGUGUGCUUGCGUAUGUGUGUAUGUGCUUGUGUGUGUGUGUGUGUGUGUGUGUGUGUGUGCAUUUGUUUGUGUGUGUGUGUGUGUAUGUGUGUAUGUAUGUAUGUAUGUGUGUGUGUGUGUGUUUGUGUGUGUGUUUGUUUAUGCGUGUGUGCAUGUGUAUGCAUGCAUUUGCUGAUGAACUCCUGCACUGAGUUGUAUAUAUACAUUGUACUUGGAUCACUCUCAUUGUUACAAUCCUAUUCUCGAUGUGCAGAGGAUGAUUCUAUUGAUUGUGUUAGCUGGGUGCUCUUUUUCCUUUCUCUGAAAAUCUAUUGCAUUUCAGCAAAAUGUCUCGCUAUGAGGUGUCGCAAUACAUCAUUCAGUUUUUAUGUCACUUUUGGAUACAAUGUAGAACAUUCAGAAUGUCUGAGGUGCUGUUUUUUUUCUAUCAUGUUUUGUGGUGCUUUGUGUUAGUAUCUUUAUUUUAGAAAUGUUUCAAAACGUUUUUUUAUAACUGCUGCUGCAUACCCUUGUUUGAUCUGAAGAGAUGGAGUAUUGUUAGUUGUCUGAUGAUUGCCUAUGGAGUAUGGCCAUGAAACGCUUAGUUAUAACGA